AUGCAGGACAGAUUUACCAAGUGGAUGGAGCUAGCAGCCCUUAAGAAAGCCGACAGCAGGGCCAUGAUCCGUCAGGUAAAGGAAAAAAUUUUCCUUCGCCAUGGUUGUCCCAACACGCUAGUCAGCGAUAAUGGUCGGCAGUUUGUCAGCAGAGAAUUUGAAGAAUUCCUGAAAGAAAAUGGGGCAAAUCACCGGAAAACCCCGCCGUAUAGUCCGCAAUGCAACCCGGUAGAACGGACCAACAGGGUGGUAAAAACAAUGAUCGCCCAAUAUGUAGGCAAACAUCAGAAGAAAUGGGAUAAAAAUUUGCGCGAACUAGAGUUUGCCUAUAAUACCGCAAGCAGCACAGCCACCGGCUACACUCCGGCAUAUUUAAACACAGGAAGAGAGUUUAGAACGCAAGGUAGCCUGCACCAGAAAGUGGGAUCGCAGCAUACUACACCGCUAUCCAGUAGAAUUCAGCACAUAAAGGAUGCCAUUGAAUUAGCGAAGGCGCAAGUGGCCCGUCAAUUCGAAAAACAGCAGAAGCAUUAUAACCUCCGGCGACGGGAAUGGAAGCCGAAUAUCGGCGACAAAGUAGUCAGGAAAUUGGUAACUUUGUCAAGUAAGGACGACGCACGAACUGCCAAGCUAGCUCCAAAAUACUCAAAGACACUUACGGUCAAGAGACAUGUGUCGCCGGUUAUAUUUGAUCUGCAGGACGACAGAGGGCGCUACGUGAAACAUAUACACGUGAAAGACCUCAAACCCUUCACCGACGCAGAGCAGGAGCUAUAA